AUGAGCUCACUAAACUACUCCUCCCUUACUAAUGAAGAGGGGGUCUGCUCUGUGAGAGGAGGAGCAGAGAAGAAAGGAGCAGAUUUGACACAUCAAAGAGAAAGACCAGACUCAGAGGAACCAGAGCCAGGGACGUCCAAACCAGCAAGACGACACCAGUGCUCCCACUGUGGAAAGGGUUGUAACCGGUUAUGGGACGUGAAACAACAUGAGAAAAUACACACAGGGGAGAAGACUUACCACUGCUCCCAGUGUGGAAAGAGUUUUAACCAGAAAGCACACCUGAAAGCUCAUGAGAGAAUACACACAGGGGAGAAGCCUUACCACUGCUCCCAGUGUGGAAAGUGUUUCAACCGGCCAGGGCAUCUGAAACUGCACGAGAGAAUACACACAGGGGAGAAGCCUUAUCACUGCUCCCGGUGUGGAAAUAGUUUUAACGAUUUAGGGAAACUGAAACGACAUGAGAGAAUACACACAGGGAAGAAGCCUUAUCACUGCUCCCAGUGUGGAAAGAGUUUUAUCGGUUUAGGGAAACUGAAACGACAUGAGAGAAUACACACAGGGGAGAAGCCUUACCACUGCUCCCAGUGUGGAAAGGGUUUUAAUGAGAAAUCAAACCUGAAAGUUCACGAGAGAAUACACACAGGGGAGAAGCCUUGCCACUGCUCCCAGUGUGGAAAGAGUUUUAACAAUUUAGGGAACCUAAAACAACACGAGAGAAUACACACAGGGGAGAGGCCUUACCACUGCUCCCAGUGUGGAAAGUGUUUCAACCGGCCAGGGCAUCUGAAAUUGCACGAGAGAAUACACACAGGGGAGAAGCCUUAUCACUGCUCCCGGUGUGGAAAUAGUUUUAACGAUUUAGGGAAACUGAAACGACAUGAGAGAAUACACACAGGGAAGAAGCCUUAUCACUGCUCCCAGUGUGGAAAGAGUUUUAUCGGUUUAGGGAAACUGAAACGACAUGAGAGAAUACACACAGGGGAGAAGCCUUACCACUGCUCCCAGUGUGGAAAGGGUUUUAAUGAGAAAUCAAACCUGAAAGUUCACGAGAGAAUACACACAGGGGAGAAGCCUUAUCACUGCUCCCAGUGUGGAAAGAGUUUUAACAAUUUAGGGACCCUGAAACAACAUGAGAGAAUACACACAGGGGAGAAGCCUUAUCACUGCUCCCAGUGUGGAAAGAGUUUUAACAAUUUAGGGAACCUGAAACAUCAUGAGAAAAUACACACAGGUGAGAAGCCUUUCCACUCCUCCCAGCGUGCAAAGCUUUUGCCCAUUUAGGAAGCCUGAGAGAACACAUGAGACUGCACACAGAGGAGAAUGCUUACAAAAGGCCAGACUGUGAGAAAACAUAUUACUCAUAACAGUCACUUAAACGUCUUUAGAGAAUCCACACAGGAGAGAGAAAUGACUUCUCUUAGCGUGUAUAUUGAUAUUUCACAUCACAUUGACUUAAAAUUCAUCAGAGAACACACACAGUGCUCCCGUUGUCUUAUAUUGUACACUGACAAUGUGUUUACCUGUUUUUACCAUAUUAAAUUGUUUCUUCCAAUUAUUGAUAAACAUGUACCUGUUAAGAAACUG